AUCACGGACAGCGCUCAACUUGACGGCCAUGUCGCUGAAUCCGGCAGAGGUCAGCGCGCCCGGUGCUGCGCUGGCGAAUCCGUCGAACGUCUUUGGCACGACCGACAUCUUCGGCGAUGGCGACGUCUCAGAGCUGUCCUCAGUAGCAGAUACAGACGAUGAGGAGCCUACCGCAGGUCUCUCGAGGCUCGUGCCUGCCAAGCGUUCAGCUUCUGCCUCUGCUUCAGCUGCAGCAGACUCGGAGGAUGAUCCCGACUUAGCUGGCGGCUUCGUCUCGGAGUCGUCGUCUGAUAGCGAGGCAGAAGGUCAGGCAGAUGAGUACAUGGAGGACGGAGCGGCGAAGGCCAAAAAAGCGCCCAAAGUGAAGAAGGCCAAGAAAGUCAAGCUUAAUCCUGAUGGGACGCCAAGACUGCCCUCGUUCAAGAAGAAGAGAGGCGAGGCUCGCAGCGGCUCGGUUGGCACGCCUGAGAGCAGGGAGCGCUCAGGUUCGCUGCCUGGACCAGCUACAGCCAAGCCAAAGAAGAAGCGAAAGUCAAAGAAAGCGACAGAGGUCGUGGUAGAGGACGAGAUGCCCCUGACCGACGAGCAACGACGACAACGAGAGAUUCAGGAACGUUUGGAUGCAAUCAUCAAGGCAGGCAGCAAGAAGAUCACCAAUAAACGCAGAGCAAAGGACGACGAGGAUCUCGACGAGGAAGGCGGCGAGCUCGUGCUCAAUCUACGUCAAGACAUGCUCCUCGCCGCACAGCAAGAUGCCGACGACAACAUUGCCGGUCGAAUUGCCUCUGCUCGUCUAGCCAUGCUGCCCCGCGUCACGCAGACCUACGCAAAGAACGCUCUUUCGAUCCUGGUGAAGACUUAUCUCGAGGCAGCAUUCUUCGAUGCCAAUCUCUACGCCUUCACAAAGUGGCUCGAGCCAUUGCCGGGCGACAAAUCAUUGCCCACCCUCAACGUCAUGCGGGCCCUCUUCGACAUCAUCUGGCGGCUGCCCAUCGAGACUGAACACCUGAAAGAAUCGGAGCUGGGCAAGAUCGUCCUGUUCUACUCCAAGUGCCCUCGCGUGCCGCUCGACGUGCGGAGGAAAGCGCAAAAGCUGGUCAACAGAUGGAUGAGGCCCAUCAUUCGCUCGUCUGCUCAACUACAUCGCAAUGUCGAGGCUGCGCAACAAGCUAGACCAAUCAAAUUGGCAUCACAGAAAGUUCGAAAAGGGCGAGUACCCACAGAGUUCGACUCAUUCUACAGCAUUGCUCCUCAGACUGCACCGGAUGUGAGAGCACGCCAGGACGCCGGAUCAAAAUCUACUGGAGCAAAAUACCGUGAUAUCAAACGCAAGAUUGCAGCCAACAAGGCCGAAUUGCGUCGUGGCUGAGCUGACUAGGAC